AUGAAAAAGAUUACAGUUUAUAUCGAAGGUGGAGAGACGACGGUCAAAUUACUGAAUCCGUUAGUUCUAACCCACGCGUCCAAACUCUACGUGAAAACAGCCGCGGUCUUUUGGAAUUAUCAGAAUAUUCGGAAAGGGUACAACGACUAUUUUUCCAUCGAUAAGAAAAAAGUCUCGUUGGACGAAGGAUAUUGGACGUUUAAAAAUUUACGAAAAAAAUUCGAAAGUCAUGGAUUAUCCGUCGAAGAAUUUCCCGACGGUCGUAUCAAGAUUGGAUUCACGAAAGGUAUAAAAUCUUUAAAUUUAUGGCGACUUGGAGAUUUAUCAGGUUACACCAGUACCUUUUCCACAACGCAUCCAGGCGAUCGUCCCGUAGAUAUUCACGAAGGAUUACGUUACGUGACGGUCGGAUGUAAUUUAGCGAACCGAUCUCGAAAUAUAGAUCCGAUGGGAUUCCCCAGUAAUAACAUCACGUCGCUUCCUAUCGACGGAACAAAACCAUUAUUUGGAACGACGACGAAAUACAACGACAUCGAAAGUGAAGUCGGUGUGGAUGCGGGAAUUUACAACGAACUCCAUUUCGUCGUGAAAUCUAAUAUUCACGAUAUUGUCCCUGGAAAUAUCUUAUUGGAAUUAUGCGUAAUAUAA